AAAAAAAACUGGUUGGUUUGGAGGCCUACGUUGUUUCACGUUGACCCACCCUCAUCUAUAUAGAGUCCGCAUAAUCAAUCUGGACCAGAGCAGCAGACACAGCUGACGAGGAAAGGCUGUAAUAACGUGAAGAUGAAGCUGGGGCUACUGGUCGUCCUGGCCAUUGCCAUUUUGGUGCCCAAUCUGUCCGAAAGUCACACCGUAACCAGAUGUGAACUAAAGACUCAGCUUGAUGCGGCUAUUAAACUGCCCAGGGUUUCUACACGUCUUAAGCAAAAAUAUUUGGCAUUAGUGAUCUGUGAAUUGGAGAGACGAAGCAAAUUGAACACUGGACGGGUUAAGGUGUUUGGCAGACGCAGAACUACAACAGCUAAGCCAACAACAACCACCAGCAACACAACAACAACAACAACAACAACUACUACUACUACUACUACUAAUAGAACAGCUAUACCAACAACACCACCAACAAACCAACUAACAACUGCUGAAAGAACAAUCAGACCAACAACUGCUGAAAGAACAACCAGACCAACAACUGUUGAAAGAACAACCAGACCAACAACUGCUGAAAGAACAACCAGACCAACAACUGCUGAAAGAACAACCAGACCAACAACUGUUGAAAGAACAACCAGACCAACAACUGCUGAAAGAACAACCAGACCAACAACUGUUGAAAGAACAACCAGACCAACAGCUGCUGAAAUAACAACCAGACCAACAACUUCCAGAGCAACAACUCCCCAACAACGAACAACAUCCACUGGUCAACCAGCAACUACAAUAAGAAUGAGACAUAGACGUGAGGCUGAUCCACAGGGAUCCCAAAGCUCCGAAGAAGAACCAGCAGAUUCCCAAGAAUCCGAAGCACCAGAGGAAGAAGAACCAGCAGAUACCCAUGAAUCCGAAGCACCAGAGGAAGAAGAACCAGCAGAUGCCCAAGAAUCCGAAGCACCAGAGGAAGAAGAACCAGCAGAUGCCCAAGAAUCUGAAGCACCAGAGGAAGAAGAACCAGCAGAUGCCCAAGAAUCUGAAGCACCAGAGGAAGAAGAACCAGCAGAUGCCCAAGAAUCUGAAGCAUCAGAGGAAGAAGAACCAGCAGACCAAACAGCUGCCACAAAAUCAACACCAGAAGAAGAAUCUGACGACCUGGAUUUAGAUGAAGUGCUUGAGAAGGAAGAGUACUAUGUAGAUGAGAAAGAGACAAACGAUGACAACUACAGCCAAGAUAAUGUAAACAAUGAUUUGGAGGGGGAGGAGGAGGAGGAGGAGGAGGAGGAGGAGAACAACAAUCAAGACGAGGACGCAAGAGAUGACGCAAGUCAAGGUGGAAAACGUAGAAAGCGAAGUCUUUCUAGCUGGAGAUUUGGCUGGAGAAGGAGGCCUUGGUCCCUUGGCUUUUAUGGGCUCUUCCAGCUGAGUGAUGGACACUACUGUUAUUCCGGUUAUCGCUGGUCCAGAAAUGUCUGCAAGACACAUUGCAGUGCAUUCACUGAUGACGACAUAUCAGAUGAUAUUGGCUGCUUCGUGAGUACCUACGCCCACUGGUGGUAUGCAAGGAAUUCCAGUUAUCGCUGCAGAAGGACAGCCAGAAACUACCGAGACUACUUUCAAAACUGCCACUGAAAAAAAAAAAAAAAAUCCUGCAGGAUGUCAUGUCAUCUAUAACCCUCCCUCAUCUGUGCUAUCACUGCAAACCGUU